CCUGGCUGAGCCGGGAGUGGAGAGCAGGCCCGGAGCGCAGUUAAAGUGGGACCUCUUGCCAUGGCCUCGCUACGCAGUGCCAGCCCCAAGCUGAGAAACUAUUUCGGGGAGAACUACAUUCCUCAGGUCUGCGAGGCUCUGUUGUGUGGCCUACUGGUUACAUGUCCUCCAGACCCUCUGAGAUAUUUAGAGGAAAGGAUCAUUACUAUAAUGAAAAAUGGCCUCGAAAGCCUCCUAUGGGAUAUGUGCAUUGAUCCAUCAAUGAAACCAAAAAUUCGGAGAUUAUCCGAAACUUACUUGGAUCAACUUUUUGGACUGGAUGAUCAGCUGCAGCAUGUCCUCUGGCUUCAGGUCCUGGUGUACAAUGCCCCGCUGGUGGCAGUACUCCAAGGCGGAUACCAGCUGCCUGAAAAUACCUUGGGCCUCAAUCUCAGUCAGGAGGCCAUGGAUUUUCAGAUGACUCCAGAAUUGAUGAUAAAAGCAUGUACUUUUUACACUGGACAUUUAGUAAAAACCCACUUUUGCACCUGGAAAGACAUCGCAAAACCUCGCAUAUAUGAAAAUCACUUUCUGGCUGAAAAAAUGGAAAGAGCCAUGAAAUAUCACAAUUUCAGACUUCAAAAAUAUGUAUUUCGUCAUUGGCACUCUUAUGUGAAAGGUCAAAUAGAAAAAAUUAAAGAUAUACUAUUGCGGAUAAAACAGAUAUACUACUCUACCAGGCUAAUAACCAUCCUAACUAAAUGGAGGGAAAAAGCAAGAUAUAAGUAUAAAAAGAGAGAAGAUGAGCUGCUGUUAAAACAUGAAGUUCAGUUGAAGAAAUGGAGAAACAAGAUAAAAUUCAACAGAUCUGGAAAACAAUCCAUUCCUCCUGAACCAGACCUGUCUGAGGUCUCUCUUGUAGGUGAGAUUCAUGAAUGUGACAUUUCACUGUUACCGGAAAGAGCAGUAUUGCAGAUUUUCUUCUACCUCAGUUUAAGAGAUGUGGUAAUAUGUGGUCAAGUUUGUCACUCCUGGAUGUUGAUGAUACAAACGAGCUCUUUGUGGAAUGGGAUUGAUUUUUCCUCAGUAAAAGAUAUGAUCACAGAUAAAUACAUAGUGUCUACUUUGCAAAGGUGGCGGCUAAAUGUGCUGCGCUUGAAUUUUCAUGGUUGUCUUCUCCGAUUGAAAACUUUGAAAUCUGUCAGUUUCUGUAAAAAUUUGCAAGAGCUGAAUGUCUCUGACUGUCCAACACUCACAGAUGAAUCAAUGAGGUACAUCUCUGAAGGUUGUCCUGGAGUCCUGUAUCUCAAUCUCUCUAACACAACUAUCACCAAUAGGACAAUGCGACUCCUACCAAGGCACUUCCAUAACUUACAGAAUCUUAGUUUGGCUUAUUGCAGAAAGUUCACAGACAAAGGCUUACAGUACCUGAAUUUAGGGAAUGGAUGUCACAAGCUCAUCUAUUUGGACCUUUCCGGCUGCACCCAGAUUUCAGUCCAAGGCUUCAGGAGCAUUGCAAACAGCUGCACUGGAAUUAUGCAUCUGACCAUCAAUGACAUGCCAACUCUGACGGACAGCUGUGUAAAAGCUUUAGUUGAAAAAUGCCCUCGUAUUGCAUCAGUGGUUUUCAUUGGUGCACCACAUAUCUCCGACUGUGCUUUCAAAGCUCUUUCUACUUGCAACCUCAGAAAGAUCCGAUUUGAAGGAAAUAAUAGAAUUACUGAUGCAUGCUUCAAAUUCAUAGACAAGUGUUAUCCAAAUAUUAGUCACAUUUACAUGGUGGACUGCAAGGGAAUAACAGAUGCUAGCCUCAAGUCACUCUCACCUUUGAAGAAACUUACUGUGUUGAAUUUGGCAAAUUGUGUAAGAAUUGGUGAUAUGGGACUAAAGCAAUUUCUUGAUGGUCCUGUGAGCACAAAGAUAAAAGAGCUAAAUUUAAGUAACUGUAUCCUGAGUGAUGUCUCUAUUGUGAAACUAUCAGAGCGCUGCCCUAAUUUAAACUACUUGAGUUUACGAAAUUGUGAAUAUUUGACUGACCUAGGAAUUACAUAUAUUGUAAACAUCUAUUCCUUGGUGUCAGUAGAUCUCUCUGGAACAGACAUCUCUAAUGAGGCCUUCUGCAAAGGCUCACUGAUCUUGGAAUACUUGGAUGUCUCUUACUGCCCCCAGCUAUCAGAUGAAAUUAUUAAAGCAGUGGCCAUUUAUUGCAUUAACCUCACAUAUCUCAGCAUUGCCGGCUGUCCAAAGAUUACCGACUCAGCAAUGGAGUUGUUAUCGGCAAAAUGCCAUUACCUGCACGUUUUGGAUAUUUCUGGUUGUAUCCUGCUUACUGACCAAAUGCUUGAGCACCUUCAGAUAGGCUGCAGACAGCUUCGGAUCCUUAAGAUGCAAUACUGCAGACUUAUCUCCAAGGAAGCAGCUAAGAAAAUGUCAUCUGUAGUUCAGCAGCAGGAAUACAGCUCUGAUGACCCUCCACUUUGGUUUGGCUAUGACUACAAAGGAGAGCCUCUUACAGAACAACACGAUACAAUGCCACGUAAAGAUUCAGAAUCAACAGGGAAAGAUUUCACAUAUAGUAGUGAAGAGGAAGCAGUAUGACCUUCAGUCUCCAGCAGGAAGAACAAAAAAUCUAGAACUUGGCAACUUCAUUUAAUGCAAGUAUUUUUAUUAGCUGGAUCUCAACAAUGUAAACAAGCAGCAAAUCCUCUCCUGAUUGUUAUUCCAACUACAAAUGUUUCUAAAUACAUCAUUAGUUCUUCUAAUAAUCAUGAUUUUAAAAAAAAAGCCAAACCAAGUACUGCUACUAUGUAAAUUUUCCACUUAAAUUGACCUUAAUCAAACCAAUACUUUUGAUGAGAUUAUCAAAUCUGAGGUUAUAGUUAUAUGAAACAACCCUGAGAGAUGUGACAUUUUUGACAGGGAAUUUAGAACUUCUCUCUAGAAAAGAAUGCAGAGAUGGCCUUAUUAAGUCAGAGUGAGAGUUUGAGCCAGGCAAUGACUUCAAGGAUCCGAGAAGCUUUAUUACAAAGGAUAUAAGUGUACCUUUUUAAACAAAACAAGGUUUUCUUGUGAUUUCCAUAUACUUAGCAAUACUUAUACUGAGGGGACUAAAUGCCAACUGAUCCUCAACUCAUCUCAACAUCUGACUUAAAAACAGUCAGGGGCAAAUUAAAUAGAAACAUGAACUAUCUGUGAAUAAAAAGGAUAUCCCUGCUAUGUCUUAGAAAGAUUUCUUUUUAAUCAAAUUUGCACUAUAGGGGAAUUUUUAAACUAUGCUAUGCAAAAAAAAAAUUUGUUCUCCCCAUUUUAUGCUAGGAGAUAUGUGUUAUUAAUUGUAUAUCCACAUAGUAAUUUUUAAUAAGCAUUCAUGUAUAAAUUUUUACCAUUUUGGUAAAAGAUAAUAACUCUCUUUAGAUUUUAACAGAAUUCAAAUGAUCACAUGCCAGUGUAUCAUUAUUUGAUAUCAUUUAACUCUGAUGUUGAUAGAGUCCAGGAGAAAGCACAACUCUGUUCUGACCACCACAAAGAAGAUGUAUUGGUAAUAUUAGAUCAGUUUUUUAACCUUUCUAUUUCCUCCAUUAUUUAUCUCUUAAAUAGGGUUAACCAACUGUCUUUUUGUACCCCACAAAUUUGAAGUAAGGAUAAAAUUUACGGUAAAAGAUAUGAAAGUUAUUUUGAAAAGUUUAAAAACGGUUCUAGGGGUUUAUUAUAGGGCACUCUAUUAGCUAAAUACUUUUUAAUAAUUUUUUUAAAGAUUUUUA